CCUCAACCUCUUGAGUAGCUGGGAUUACAGGCGUCUGCCACCAUGCCUGGCUAAUUUUUUGUAUUUUUACUAGAGAUGAGGUUUCACUGUGUUAGCCAGGAUGGUCUCCAACUCCUGACCUCAUGAUCUGCCUGCCUCGGCUUCCCAAAGUGCUGGGAUGACAGAUGUGAGCCACUGUGCCUCACCUCUAUGUUUUCCUUCAAACUGUUGGCCAGGUUGGAAUGACCAAAGACAUCUGCAAUUCCAACCUUCCUGAUUGGAAGGACUGAACUCCGUGGGUGCUUGGGAGCUCAGGUGGACAACAGCAUCUUCUCAGAGCUGUUCUCCACGCCUGACUUCUCCCCAGCCUUGAGACUAGAGAAUGCACUCCUCUGGGUCCUAGUACAGUCUGGAUGAAGGCUUUGGACAGAACAGGGACCAGGUUUCAUGGGAGGGAACAGAACUUGGGAGAGAUCAUGGCCAGCUGACAACCUCAGCCCCAGGUUGAGGAGAGGAGCCCCCCAGCCUAGCACCUUAGGGUACUCCUCCCGGAGGUGGUGGACAAUGAAGUGCCAGGACCAUCAGGCGAGGGGACUGGAGGAAGGAGAGAUGGGAGAGGAUUGACCAAGAAGAAGAGAGGGGGCCAGGCACGGUGGCUUAUGUCUGUAAUCCCAGCAUUUUGGGAGGUCAUGGCAGUUGGAUCACCUGAGGUCAAGAGUUCGAGAUGAGUCUGCCAAAACGGUGAAACCCUGUCUCUACUAAAAUAACAAAAAUUACCCAGGCAGUAGCGGUGCAUGCCUGUAAUCCUAGCUACUUGGAAGGCUGAGGCAGGAGAAUUCUUGAGCCUGGGAAGUGGAGGUUAUGGUGAACUGAGAUUGCGUCUCUGCAUUCCAGUCUAGUUGAGAGAGUGGGACCCUGUCUCCAAAAAAAAAAAAAGAAAAGAAGAAGAAGAAGAAGAAAGGAAGAAAGAGAGAAAGAAAGAAAGACCCAGAAGUCGGGAAGGAACAUGAAGGUCCCAGUUCGCCUUGGUUCCUUUGCCGUAAAAGGAAGAGGGAGUGGUCAGAUGAAUCUGAAGAGGAGCUGGAGGAGGAGACAGAGAAGGAGCAUACCCCUGAGCCUGAGGAGACCUGGGUGCUGGAGACGCUUCAGGGGCUCAAGAUGAAAAUGAAGAGACAGCAAGUGUCAACCGUGCUCCCUGAGCAACACCAGGCCUUCAACAGGCUGCUUGGGGAUCCUGUCGUGAAAAGAUUCCUGGCCUGGGACACAUAUCUGAGGGCAUCUGACAAGUACCUGCUGGCCAUGGUCAUAGCAUCGUUUAGCCGCGCCGGCCUCUUCUCCUGGCAGUACAAACGCAUUCAUUUCUUCCUGGCUCUCUACCUGGCCAAUGACAUGGAGGAGGACAACCAGGGCCCCAAACAAGCCAUCUUCUACUUCCUGUAUGGGAAGAACCGCUCCCAGCGACGCUUAUUCCAGAAGCUUCGGUUCCAGUUCUUCUGUUCCAUGCACUGCAGGGCUUGGGUUUACCCGGAGGAGCUGGAGGAGAUCCAGGCUUAUGACCCAGAGCACUGGGUAUGGGCACGAGAUCAUGCCCUCUUUUUCUAGAGCUAUAGCACCGUGGAGGCCUGAGGUCAUUGGCCUGAGAGAAGAACACCAGGUCGAGGGGAGAUGCGGAUUUUCAGCACAAAGUUCAUUCCAAUGCUAAUGGCAGACAGACACCAGGAAGGAGGAGAGGAGCCAUUUGUGCAGAUCAUCUAGAAGACCCUGGACUGUUCAAGAAAGAGUAAGUAUAGUGACCUCGCUGUCAUCCUAGGGGCGGAGGGGCGGGGAGACGGUACUUCUAGGAGUCCGUGGAGGACAGUGAGAAACCAGGGGUGUUUCUGGUUCCACCCCUUCCUGAAGCACCACCUCCCUUUUUAUAUUGCUGAAUUCCAGCCUCUCCAAGAGCAUUUGAGGGCACAGUACAGGCGCUCAGAUUGGCACAGAAUUAUUUGUAAAGUAUGAGUGCCGUCGGAUUGUAACAGGUAGCUUCAUGCAUACUAUGCAUUUUUGUGGUUUGUUUGGAAAGUGUUGGCCAUUGAAUUAUUCCUACGUUUAUUUCAAAUAGUUUGGAAAUUGUUUUACUUUUGAAAACUUGCUGUUCCUGUAGAGUUUUUGAUGAGAAUUAUAGCUGUUACAUAUACAGAAAUAUAGUUUUCUUUUUUUAAGAAAGAAUUCUGUUUAUCCUAAAUCUUUUAUUAAAUUGUUUUAUCUAUUAUGAUAUGUGCUCCUGAAGCAAGCACUCUUUAUCUAUGAUACUUACAUAAUAAUCUAUUAUAUUUAUAGCUAUGUGGUAGUUCCUGUAAAUCUUCUAAUAGAAAUUUUUAUUUCCUGUUUAGUGUUUGUUACUGAAUUGUGAGAAUUCAGUGGUGAUUUUUACCAUGUCUUAGAUAUAAUGUAAUAUGUUUAAUAUAUACUAUACAUUUUAUUGGUUUAUUUUGAAAAAGAUUGGCAUAGAAUUAUUACUACAUUUAUUUAAAGAGUUUGGAAAUACUGUUUUUGAAUAGAUGUUGUUUCUAUAAAGUUGUGUGAUGGGUGUUAUAGCCAUUACGUAUAUAUAAAUAUAAUUUUGUUUUCCUUUUUAAGAGAGGAUUCCUUCUAUCCUGAAUCUUUUAUCUGUCAAGCUUUUUAUCUGUUAUUACAUGUGCUCCUGACGCGAGCCCUCUUUUUAUCUAUGAUACUCACUUAAUAUAUCUAUUACCUGUAUAGCUAAGUGGUAGUUCCCUUAAAUUCUUGUAAAAAUAAAGUUGGAUUUUAUGUUUA